UAUUGAACUUUAACUGUGUGAUCGGCAUGAUAGAACGUUCAUCGGAAGGUUUGGAAGCGUAAAUGCGCACGACGGCCAAUUAGAACCGUGUUUUGAGUGCAUUUAUCUCCGUAACGCCAAGGGUAUCUGAAGGCCAAGGAAAGGUGCGCUGGCAAUGGGCGGCCGGGCUUGUUUCAACCGCUGGAUUUUUUCCACGCCUUGUUUCCCAAUACGGCUACUGACCGAUCUUGCCAUUGCAUAACAAGUACUUCGAUGAGUGCUAUGAAAAGAAUUCUUGUCGUUGGCGGGAAUGGCUUCAUCGGCUCUGCUGUGUGUCGCGCUGCGUUGGCGAAGGGCAUGCAGGUUACCUCUGUGAGCUCAUCUGGGCGCCCAUAUCGUACGCCCCGGGGCCACAGUCCAGCAUGGACAGAAAAAGUGACGUGGCUGCAGGGCACGGCCCAUGACCCGUCGACGUUUGCAGAUGCUCUGAAGGACACCAAUGGAGUGGUGCAUACGCUUGGGACGCUCCUUGAUGAUGACAAGUACAAGAAAGCGGUGAAAGAAGGGAACAUUGCAGGGUUAGUUGGGAGUUUGAUUGGCUCGCAGAAUCCCUUGGAGAAGAAGACGAGCAGUGGCUAUGAGAGCUUGAAUCGUGAUGCAGCUCUUCGGGUCUGUGAAGCCUUUGUGAAUUCUGGGACAACAGAAGGCCCUUCACCUCGUCCGUUCGUUUACAUAUCAGCAGAGGAUAUCUUCCGUCCUAUUAUCGCUGCCCGAUACAUCGAAACCAAGCGCGAAGCAGAGGCAGGAAUCGACAGCCUUGUAUCUCAGAAACCUGGUCAAUUCCGCGGUGUCUACAUUCGACCUAGUCUCGUCUAUCACGCGCACUUUCGGCCCCUAAGCACACCUUUUGCGGCGCUCCUCGAGUUCUCCGCUGCCAUGCAUUCCAAGGUUCCUCGCGGGAUUCCGACCCCUUCUAGUGUUCUUCGUUCGAUAGGGUCUGCAUUGGCGGUACCAGAAGUGACAAACAGCAUGUCGAAUGCUCUUACUAUUCCACCCAUACAUGUCGACCAUGUUGCCGAAGCAGUCUGUGUAGCGUUAGAAAACGAUGAGAUUAGUGGGGCAGUUGGGGUGCGACAGAUGCGAGAAAUGAUAGGAUGGAUGGCUACACCUAGAGACGGAUCACUGAAUGGAGCACACUAAAUAAUAUAUUUUCUGUCGAUUGUGAG